CGGACAUAUCGCACGUGUAGUUUGACAAUUGUUGCUAGUGUUCCCUCGGUGUUUGCCUUGUUUUGAAAUUGUGAAUGGUAAACAAAAGGAAACAGGUGCAAACGUAGUAAACAAAAGAUAAAAUAAUAGCGCAAACGUUAGGAGAAAAUUAGGAAGAAUCUAAACGAGGCUCUCCAAUGUCUGUUUUCUCGUGGGGUGCUAACUCUCACGGUCAACUAGGCCUUGGUUUUGAAAAUGAACUAUGCAGUUCACCGCAAAGGCUUUCUCGGGUACCAUUCAAUCCGGUCACCAUCCAAUCAAUAAAAGGUGGAGGUGGGCACGUUUUAGUACUGGACAAAGGUGGCUGCAUUUUUGCCUGUGGAUGGAAUAAUCGAGGACAACUGGGCAUUGGAAAUAUUCAAGAUCAGAAUGAAUUUGUUCCAGUGUCCGUAGAAAGCCUCGACGGGCCUAGAGUAAAGGGUAUCGCUUGUGGAUGGGAUUCAUCAGGUGCCGUUACAAAAGAUAAGCAACUUUAUAUGUGGGGUUCAAAUAGUUUUCAACAACUUGGUGUAUGUCAGCGCGGAUUUGCAUUUGUCACAGAACCCAUGCAUGUUAGUUUACCGCGAAAUGAAGGAGCAAUACGAUUAUCAAUUGGACUGAGGCAUGCAGCGAUUCUCACAGAUGAUAAUAAACUAUACGUUUUUGGAAGACUAAGAUUUGGUGACUCCCAUCCAGGAAUCAUCAUUAAGCUAAUUCCCUUCAACAAAGGACAAAUAUACAAAUUACAACCUGAAAUAAACGUAAAACAAAUUAUCAGUGGGCAAAAUCACUUAAUCAUGUCCGACGGACACAAAAUUCUUGGAUUAGGCGAAAAUAAAUAUGGCCAAGUUAAUAUGUUCACCUUCGACACGGCCAUCGUGCAAAUUGCUUCCGGAUGGACUCAUAAUGGAAUUGUAACGACCGUAGCACCAGGAGCAACGAAAGAAGUGUAUUUAUGGGGGCGUAAUUGCUAUGGUCAGGUUGGAGGCGAUUCACAGGAAGUCAUUCCUGCACCGAAUAAGCUUGAACUUGCUGAUAAUCACCGGCCGGAAGAAUUACAUCUGGGCUCGGAACAUGGCAUGCUACUUACCGAUAAGGGUGCAGUAUUCACGUGGGGAUGGAAUGAGCAUGGAAAUUGCGGCAAUGGAGAUGUUGAAAAUGUGUACCAACCGACUCUUAUCGAGUUACCAUCUGCAUGCAUUAUGGCUGGCACAGGUGCAGGCUUUUGUUAUGCUAUUUGUACUGAAUAGUUUGAUAAUUGUUUAGAGUACUUUCAAAGUAGUAUCCUACAUUAAAAAUGUGAGUUAACGGAACUUCGGCUGUGACCGUAAAACGAAACGAAGUGAAUUAUAUCUAAGUCAGACACUAAACGUGCUAUUAUUGUUACCUUUUAUUCAAAUAAGAAGAAAAUUGUUAUACCACUAUUAAUUUAAAAAAAAAAAAAAAAAUUUAUAAAUAUUCACAAUAAAGAUGAACCACCUUGAGCAUAUAUUUAAUGUUUCUUAUGCACUACUCAUUCUCAUUUCUAUCGUAGCAAUCAACUUAUAUAAGCCAACCAAAAACUAAAUUUCACUAAAUAUUUACAUAACAACAAAACGCGUCUAGAACGUAAAUAAAAAUGAUUGUUCCGAUUUUACAAGUGUGAUAGAAAAUAUGUAGUCUAGUUUUCAGCUGUUUCCAGAUAUCUAAGCCACAUAAUAAGAUUUAUUAUGCCUGGAACGUUUCAUAUCCUUCAAAAUAAAAACCAGUUUGAGAGAAUUAGAUUAUUUUGAAUGGAGUAGACUCUAUUCGGCUGUAACGUAUUGUGUCUCACAAGAGAGGAUUAUGGGCGAUAGAUCUCUGUCCCAAUAACGCGCUAUCGAAGUCACUUUUCUCAUUUCUCUCGAAAAGUAAAGAUUCAUCAUAUCCUUUCAGGGGAUCUCCUGGGGAGGGGGGAGGGAUAUCAACGGAUAAGAAGGGAUGAACCACGGUUGUAUACAUCCUCAGACGAAGACUCCAUUUCGUUAUAAAGGUCCUCCUGCAGCUGUAGGAGACUACACCCAACUCUUCGCUUAAUGUAUGGUCUAAAUUUUAUGGAGGAUCCAGGAUUCCACCCAGCGACUUUAUAUUUAAAGGUCCAAGAUCGCAUCUUGAAGACCACACACACCUUUACAAACAUUUUCUCCAUGACUUCACUCAUAACAGAGUUCCCUUUUGAUACCAAUAUCACCAAGUUGUCGGUAUAUGUCACCAAUAACAAGAUUCUGACCGGUAGUCCUCUUUGUUUUUGGGGAAGUGCGUAUGGACUAGCAAUUCCAGGAUCGAUAGACCA